CAACCUACAACUAGUUCUCAAUCACAAGUAGAAUAUGUUCAUUUGUCUUAUCUCUGGAAAAACUUCAAAAAGAAAGGCUUUUUGGAUAAAGCUGUCAAACUGUUGAAAGAAGCAACUAUGGAGACAUCCAAUACCACAAUCAAAUUUUUUGUAGAUAUAUAUAAAAAAGAAUUAGCAUAUAACACGAUUGCAAGAUACCACACUGCAAUAAGUGAAGUACACAAUCCUAUUGACGGUAAUAGAAUUGGCUAUCAUCCGGAUAUUGCUCGAACUAUAAUAUCUAUUUAUAAGAAGAAUCCCCCCCCAGAUGCUCCUGAUGAAGUAAUAGAUAUAGUACUAUAUUUAGACUAUAUUAUAUCACUUGGGGAUAACGAUACCAUGUCUAUUUUGAACCUUCAGAAGAAGACUGCUUUUCUUUUGACUUUGACUUCAGCAUCCAAACCCA